AUGGACUACACAAUGCUGAAACACCAAAACGUACGCCUAAGUACAGUCCAGAAACACUCAAACGUACGCCUAAGUACAGUCCAGAAACACUCAAACGUACGCCUAAGUACAGUCCAAAAACACUCAAUCGUACGCUUAAGUACAGUCCAGAAACACUCAAACGUACGCUUAAGUACAGUCCAGAAACACUCAAACGUACGCCUAAGUACAGUCCUGAAACACUCAAAACGCACGCCUAAGCACAGUGGGGAAACACUCAAACGAACUUCUAAAUACAGUCCAGAAACAUUCAACCGUACGCCUAAGCACCGUCCAAAAACACUCAAACGUACGCCUAAGUACAGUCCAGAAACACUCAAACGUACGCCUAAGCACAGUCCAAAAACACUCAAACGUACGCCUAAGCACAGUCAAGAAACACUCAAACGUACUUCUAAAUACAGUCCAGAGACACUCAAAACUCCAGAAACACUUAAACGUACGCCUAAGUACAGUCCAGAAACACCAAAACGGAGGCCUAAGUACAGUCCAGAAACACUCAAACGUACGCCUAAGUACAGUCCAGAAACACCAAAACGUACGCCUAAGUACAGUCCAGAAACACCAAAACGUACGCUUAAGUACAGUCCAGAAACACACAAACGUACGCCUAAGUACAGUCCAGAACCACACAAACGUACGCCUAAGUACAGUCCAGAACCACACAAACGUACGCCUAAGUACAGUCCAGAAACACACAAACGUACGCCUAAGUACAGUCCAGAAACAUCAAAACGUACGCCUAAGCACAGUCCAGAAACAUCAAAACGUACGCCUAAGUACAGUCAAGAAACACUCAAACGUACGCCUAAGUACAGUCCAGAAACACUCAAACGUACGCUUAAGUUCAGUCCAGAAACACUCAAACGUACGCCUAAGUACAGUCCAGAAACACUCAAACGUACGCCUAAGUACAGUCCAGAAACACUCAAACGUACGCCUGGGGGGAUGGAGAGGAUGAGUAUCGGGCGAUACGUGGGGAUGGGGGGAUGUUUCGGAAAUACGUCUGAUACUUACUCACAAUACUAG